CGUGCCUCCGGCGCCGCGGUUUGCAUCCGGGUCUUUGGGCUGUGCGCUUCGCUCCCCGGCCGGGUCGGUCUGGGGUUACUGGUGUGGAUUGUGCCAGCUGUUCCAGCGCCGGGGAAGCCAGUCUUCCGCCCGUUUGAACUUCUGGUCCUGGAAGCUGCACAUCCCCAUAAUGAGGCUUGUAAUUCUUGAUAACUAUGACUUGGCUAGUGAAUGGGCAGCCAAAUACAUCUGUAAUCGCAUCAUUCAGUUCAAACCUGGACAGGACAGAUAUUUUACACUGGGUUUACCAACAGGGAGUACACCUUUAGGAUGUUAUAAAAAACUAAUAGAAUAUCACAAGAAUGGAGACCUUUCUUUUAAAUAUGUGAAGACCUUUAACAUGGAUGAAUAUGUAGGACUUCCUAGAAAUCAUCCUGAAAGCUACCAUUCAUAUAUGUGGAAUAACUUUUUUAAGCAUAUUGAUAUAGAUCCUAAUAAUGCUCAUAUCCUUGAUGGGAAUGCUGCAGAUUUACAAGCAGAAUGUGAUGCAUUUGAAAAGAAAAUAAAGGAAGCUGGAGGAAUUGAUCUUUUUGUUGGAGGAAUCGGUCCAGAUGGUCAUAUCGCUUUCAAUGAGCCAGGAUCCAGUUUAGUAUCAAGGACAAGAUUAAAGACACUAGCAAUGGACACCAUUUUGGCAAAUGCUAAAUAUUUUGACGGAGAUUUAUCAAAGGUGCCAACUAUGGCUCUAACAGUUGGUGUGGGAACAGUGAUGGAUGCUAGAGAAGUAAUGAUCCUCAUAACAGGUGCACACAAGGCAUUUGCUCUCUACAAAGCAAUAGAAGAAGGAGUCAACCACAUGUGGACUGUUUCAGCUUUCCAGCAGCAUCCUCGAACUAUUUUUGUGUGUGAUGAAGAUGCUACUUUAGAAUUAAGAGUUAAAACUGUGAAAUACUUUAAAGGUUUAAUGCAUGUGCACAAUAAACUUGUGGAUCCACUAUACAGUAUGAAAGAAGGAAAAUGAAGGAGAUUGGAGCAAAAUUCUGCUUGACUGAACAGAACACUUUUAUAAGUAGUAUAUGAACUUUCAGCUAUGCAAUAUGAUAUAAAACAUGGGGAGUUUUUGAAGAGCAUCAUUUUUCAAGUCCAAUAUCUAUAUGUUAAACAUUCCAUAUUUAGGAUAUGUCCAUUUUAUACUAGGGUUUAGGAGAAGUAGUUGGCUCUCAAUUAACUGGCCGUUUAUUAAGUAUAUAAACCACCUAGACAUUCUAUAAAACAGCACAGAAAUGAAAUGUCUGCCUGUUUAAACAUUUUAAAGGUGGAGAUUCUGUACAUCAAGUACAUUUUUAUUUUUUAAUCACACUCCAAGCCUUUCAGGUAUCAAACAACUAUCACGGCAAACCUUUACUUUUGGAACGCUACCUUUGUAUUUUGGGGGCAUUAUACACAAGCUUUCUGCACGUGGUUGCCUUAGUCAUCUUCCUGCAAUAGCAUCUGGACAUCAGAAGUCCUGCUAUGUAUUGUUGGUACACAAAAUCUAGAGAUGACAGUGCCUAAAAGCACAGUUUAUGUCCUUUGGGAAGGUAUGUCUAAGUGCAUGAUUUCUGUGCACCUUCUUCUAUAGCACUUUUUUACAAAUGUGCUCUUAUUUAAUGACUUGGGUUCAUGCUUUUCGUAUAAAUAUUUUGGCAGUUAUGAGCUUUAUACCUAGCAACACUCUUAAGGAAAUUCUUUUGAAGAAAAUUUUCUGAUUAUUGUUAAACUUCAUAAAUUAGUUUUAUUUCUUACAUAUAUGUCUAAAAGGAUAAUAUGAUGAAGUGUACAUACAAAAGGAAUUACUAUAAACUAUUUUAGAUUGUCAUAACUUGCAUCAUUAAACUGCAAAUAAAAGUAUAUUGUUUUCUAUCUUUAAUUCAAAUAAAGUUUAUAAUAACAAAUGUUAUCUAAAUUUUAUUUCUAGAAGUGAAACUGAAUACAUGCAUCUGAGAGAGUCCAACAAUUAAUAGUAGCUGUGAGCCUGCAUUUACUGUUUGUCUGUUGCCAUCAUACAAUUAGGAGAUUUAAGUCAAAAGACAGUAUCUCUGUCUAUAAUUUCUUAGUCUUGCUCCUUGGGGAAUAAAAAAUGUUUUCUUUAGUCUGCAUGUUUUGCAUCUUACAAGCCCACCUGGUAGAAGCAUUACUUAUAUACCUGCUUAACUGCCUAUGUGAUUGAAAUGUAUUUAUGGUUAAGUUCCUUAAAAUAUUUAAAUAGCAAAUAAAUAAAAAUAAAUAAAACCAUUAGAUAAAAUAUGCUGCUUUAAUUCCAGUUAAUGAAGUUUUAAUAGCCUUAAGCGUUAUAAAUGGUUUUUAAAUGACUAGUGAAUGAAUCAGUAUCAUUUUCCAGUCACACUCCUGGUAAUAAAGUAUUAGUUACUGCAAACUAACUUUACUACCUUAGAAGGGUCAUAUAGUAUCAUAGUGAAAAAACUAAAGAUACCUGUUGCAGUGCAUGGUUCACCAGUUAUUUCUGUGCUUUAAAUGUGCUAGCUGAAACAGUGUCUAAAGAUCUUUCCAUAACUGCCCUUCAUGUUGAGAGGCUAGUUUAGGUCCAUGUACUCAAGCUCCUCAGCAAACUGAUUUCUGGCCACUUUAGCUCCCUAAGUCAGGAGCUAAACUGCUGUUAGGGAAAGAACUAAGAAGCCUAUUGAAGGCAUUUCCACAAGAGGCAAUAAAGCGUAGUAGCUAGGAAUUGGGGUUUGGAGAGAGAAGCCAGCGUGUAUCCCAGCUCUGUCAGUAACUGACACUGGGCAAUACAUAAGUCUGAGCUGCUUCCCCUAUAGAAUGGGAUGGUAACAGCACCUAUACCUCAGCUGUUGUGUAGCUUGAAUGAGGGAAUGACUUGCACUCAGCACACUGGCUGUCACAUAUUAAACUCAAUAGUGACUAUGCUAAUCUUACAGUUGACAUUAUUUUAAAAGUUUGCAAAAAUUUUAGUAAUGAAAGGUCCUCUAGGGGAUAUAUUAGGAGAUAUACAACUCUAAAUCAUGAAAAUCACCUGUUGGGGAGAGUGGCCAGGGAGAGAACUUAUGCUUACGCUUAAAUAUUGGAAAAAUACUUUUCUGUACUGUUAGAUUACUAAAGAAACUGUUUCCUGAAAAGUCAGAGGUUAAAGGAAGAAAUUUAAUUGGGUCCAUACUGCAAGCAUACUAAUUAAGCACAAAUAUUAAAUAGUAGACACAUAGUGUAGACAUAUAGUGCAUACUGUGUGCCAGGUACCAACUUGUAACUUUCCCCUGGCAAUAAUGGUAGAACAGAAUAUUUUGUUUUAGAAAUUAUAUUAAAAUGUUUUUCUAGUUUCAAAUAUACUGCCAUUUUCCAAAAUACUAUUGUGUGGAGUCUCACAUUUCAUCUGUUCUAUUAGAGCUAGAAGAGGUAGGGAAGAUAUGAGCUGAUUAAUUUAUAUAACUAGGACUAACAGGUUACUUAAGAUUAAUUUAUAAAACUAGGACUAAGGUUAUUUAACCUCUAUAAACAAUUUUAAGUCAGUUCCCACUAUCUUAAUUUAUAAUUAAAAUCAUCUCAUAAUAACCUUAGUAUAAAAUUCAUCAUUGAUAGUCUUAUCCCUAAAAGACAUUUACUUCAUUCGGUUCAUUCAAGAUAGCGGACAAAAAUCAAUGGCUAAAUUAUAAAAUAUAAAGCUUACUGUAAAACAGUCUGCCCUCUGGUUUGUUCACUGAGUAAACAUGCUUUGGAGUAAGACAGCCAUUUUACUGGCUUUGUGACCUCAGGAAAGUUACUUAACUACUCUAAAGUACAGUCUCCUUAAUUAUGAAAUCUAGACAAUAAUUACUGAACUGUCAUUAAUAACAGCUUCUGCUAAUACCAAAUACCUAUCACUUUGCACAAAUGCAUUUUAAUUAUCAGAAAUAGGACAGCCCCCACCAUGAUUUUAAUUUAGAUGUAGAUAUAAACUGUCUGGUUU